GAAGGUUGUCGAGCUACCUAUCAUAUACCUCCCGACCCCGCCACAGCCAUCUUUCGAAAACCUUGCUAGGUCGACCAUGAGCAACCUCGCUAACCAAGCAUCUACCCUCGAGACUGCGAUGAGGGGGUUUCUGGUUGCUGCCAGUACCGGUGCUGAGUACACGUCGUCGGCAAAUGCGAUUUGGACCCUGAUGGCGAGUGCUGAGAGUGACCUGAAGCCAUACUUCAGGGGCGGUAUGACUGUAGAUCAGUCCUCCUGUAUUGGCUGGAAUGCCUCUAUUGUGGAGUUCUGGAACUACUUGGUGCCUGAAGGUGCUUCCAUCCAAAAGAGCCAGGAACUGAUGGUUUUCCUUGCGCUCUAUCGUCAAUUCGCAAGCUACCUUGGGUUGAAGGAUUGUCUCCAAGACCUCAUCGUCAUGAGGCCCGAUCCGCCGUCGUAUCAGCCAGCUGUUCAACAAUCUCUUUCCCAACCUCUCGCGUCAGAAACGCAACAGCCUCCAGCACCCAAGAUAGAGACGCUAUCCGCCAUCUCCACCACCACUGAGUACCUUCCCGCCCCCGCCGUCCUGAUCGCUCCGCAGCCGCAAAAGGCACCGAGUGCCUCCGCGCCUAUCCAAAAGGCACCUCCCCAGCAGGCGAUAGUCACCCAAGGUACACCAGGCCUCAUUGACUUCAGCAAUGAUGAUUGGUUUGGUCUGCCGGAUGAUCAGCUCAGAGCACUUUCCUGGAGGUCGUUCAGCUGGCCUGACGACGCAGCCGCUAGCUUCAAGAUAUGGUCUCACGAUGUACCGGAGCUUGCCAAUCUAUCUGGCAGCUGUCCAGAGUUCCUCAUGGCCUCCUAUGUGAAAGCUGGACUCGAGAAAAUGGCGCCGAUUUUCAAGCGUGCUGCAAUUGUCCUUCGACUCCAGGGUCGUGGAUGCACAUGGCCUGAUGAAUACGACCUCAUGACGGUACCGUUGUUGGGGCACAUUUUUGAUUUCCUGUCCAAAGCUGCAGGUAUGACCAACAAGUGCCAAGAAGUUGUAUACUGGGAUCUUCGGAACGAGUGGUGCAAAGCCUGCUUCUACUUUCACAAGCGUGUUUUGCAGGAGAACAUCUGGACAUUCCUGGGACACCGUUACGACGCCAACGAUGCCAACAAGACUCCUCCUCUCAAGAAACUGUGGGGGGAGCUGGCGCCGACAUGUCUUCCUGAUGUCGCAAAGCGUUGAGCUGAACGUCUUCGCAUACAUCCCGUACCAUUAUACUCUGUCACACCGACAGUCGUACAGCCUUGGAAUACCUCCUCAGUACCUCAUACCGUUUCAUCCUCCGACGACAACAAGGGAUGUAUUCCUCAACCCCUCUCUUGACUUUUCAGUUAUAUGUAGAAAGCAUCGAUGUCACCAUAUCAAGACGAGUUAUUCCAA